CGGGGCGACGGCGAAGCGAGUGUAUCUGUCAGUGUGCGGCGAGCCCUGUGAUGGUGCGGUACUCCUCGGUCCCCUCGUCCACGUAGCCCGAGUCCAGAGACAACGAAGAACUCGAGAGAUGUGCGUGGCGCCAUGCUCGUCCUGCUAGUUCUGAUAAUAUGGGCCGGCUCGGCGGCGGGUCUGGGAGACGGAGACGCUCUCAACCCCACGGACUACGAAGAUGUGCCGGCUACCAUGUCCAUCCCGCCGGUCCCCGUCCUCCAGGAGACCCCGGCACCCCCGCAGGACACCAAACACUUCCAGGUGGCAGGGGUGGAAUUCCACAGGGUCGAGACCCCCUUCAUCAUCGGCGUCUGGAUCGUUUGCGCCAGCCUCGCCAAAAUAGGUUUCCACAUGGCGCCCGGCCUAAACCAAAUAUUCCCCGAGUCCUGCCUGCUGAUCGUGGUAGGUGUGGUGAUCGGCAUUCUUCUGUACCUCGCCUCCAGUGUCCACAUUUCUCCCUUGACGCCGGACACUUUCUUCCUCUACAUGCUGCCGCCCAUCAUCCUGGACGCCGGCUAUUUCAUGCCUAACCGGCUCUUCUUCGACCACAUCGGCACCAUCCUCGUGUUCGCUGUGGUCGGCACUGUUUUUAACACUUUAACUAUAGGUGUGUCUCUAUGGUUCGUGGGACAAACUGGAAUCUAUGGCUGUGAAACCCCUCUCCUAGAAAUGAUGUUGUUUUCCGCCCUCAUCUCCGCCGUGGACCCUGUCGCCGUUCUGGCAGUCUUCGAGGAGAUACACGUCAACGAGAUUCUGUACAUCGUCGUGUUCGGCGAGUCCUUGCUGAACGACGCUGUCACUGUUGUUUUAUAUCACAUGUUUGAGGCCUACAAUGAAAUCGGCCCGUCCAACCUCCAGUACCGGGACUUUAUGGCGGGGUUCGCCUCGUUCUUCGUGGUCGCCAUCGGCGGAACCCUGAUAGGGGUGAUAUGGGGGUUCCUGACCGGUCUGGUGACCAGGUUCACCAACCAGGUCAGAGUCAUAGAGCCCAUCUUCAUCUUCGUCAUGGCCUACCUCGCCUACCUGAACGCGGAGAUAUUUCACAUGUCCGGGAUCCUGGCAAUAACCUUCUGUGGAAUCACUAUGAAGAACUACGUGGAGGCGAACAUCUCACACAAGUCACACACUACGGUCAAGUACGCGAUGAAGAUGUUGAGUUCAUCUUCGGAGACCAUUAUCUUCAUGUUCCUGGGAGUGGCGACAGUCAGUGACCAGCACGACUGGAACACGUGGUUCGUGGUCCUCACCAUCACGUUCUGCUCAUUCUACAGAGCUAUCGGUGUAAUGCUGCUGACUGCUGUGGUGAACCGGUUCCGUCUCUAUAAGCUCAACAAAGUAGAUAAGUUCGUGAUGUCCUAUGGUGGUCUACGGGGUGCGGUCGCCUUCGCUCUUGUGCUGCUGAUCAACCCUCGGUAUGUGAAGUUGCAGCCGAUGUUCGUUACCACCACCAUCGCGGUUGUCUACUUCACCGUCUUCUUCCAGGGGAUAACAAUAAAACCAUUGGUGAAGAUUCUCAACGUGAAAAGGGCAGAGAAGAGGAAGCCGACCAUGAACGAGAGAAUACACGAGAGGAUUAUGGACCACACUAUGGCAGGGAUAGAGGAUAUCCUCGGUCACCAUGGCAACCACCAUUUACGUGACAGAUUCAAGAGGUUUGAUAAUCAGUUUAUAAGGCCUUAUUUGCUGAGGAACCACCAAGGUGCUGAGCCCAAGAUCCUAGAGACUUACUCCAAAUUGGCAAUGAAGGACGCGAUGGAUUAUAUGAGACGUAACGCUUCAACUAUCGGAAACAUCUCUGGCACAGAGUCCAUGUCCGCCAUCUUUAGAAACUACACUGCUGGCAACCUUAAUGGCAGCUUCUCCCAGCUGGACACAAGUACGUGGAACAUAGAUCUUCAGGAGCUGGAGUACAACCCGUCCAAGAAGGACCUUACGGAUGCUAAGAUUCACCAUCUGCUCGCGGAGGAGCUCUGCCAACCUUGUAGAAGGCACCGGAGGCUGAGCUACAGCAGGCAUGCAGUGGAUGACCGCGAUCUGACCACACAAGUCUACCCCCACAGGAUGCAUGUCAACAUGCGUCGUAUGGUAGGCGAUCAGAAGAAACAUCAUCAUCGUCGAAGUAAACGUCUGAACAAGGGCAUGAAACAGAACCACGUCAGUUUCCCCGGUAUCCAGCAGAAUGGGACGGUGAAGCAGUUGGCCAAUGAUUAUAUAAGUGAAGUUCUCCACGAAGUGGAUGGGUCGGAGUCGUCAAAACUGGCACCGACCAAAGACGACUGGGAAAACGGUAUUACCUUUACAGCACAUCCUUCAGCACCCGAGGUGACGAGGGUGUCCACUCCAACUGCUCUGGAGACGCUGUUGCCAUGGAAACGCACUGAUGACAGUGACAGUACUACGGCUGUGAAACAGAGCGAGUUCCCACCCUGGUGUUCUAACAAGGAAUACAUGGCCUACAACUCGCCCUCGGCUACUUUCCUCGGAGGAAUCGAGCAGCCUAACGUGGCGUCUGUCAUCGGCUUGUUCAGGAGGGACAGUGAGCCGAGUUCCCCCAAGUCCUCAUCACCCACCAUCCUCCUGAUAGAGGAGGCGACAUCACUCCUAAGUCCGAGGUCCAAGGCUGCGGCCAGAAGAGGUUCCCUCCUUGAGUUGAGCGCCUCCUCUGUCGACCCCAUUCAGGAGGAGGAGCUACUCACAGUGAGCAAUGGAGGAUCGACACCCUCUCUGAGCGACCGCUGGACGUUGCCACGACGCCGGAAGACCUCCCAGGCCCACCCUCAUCCCCUCACACCCAGCGUGGAGUCCCUGGAGUCUACAGAGAGUGGGGAGGAAGAAUAACAGGAAGAGUUGGUCAGGGUGACGGAUCUGUAACCCUGACCCUGCCUGCCUGUACCCCCCUGCACCCAGUAGUAAUACUCAGUAGUACGGUACAGCAAUACUCAGUCAUAGUGAAAACUUACUCUCGAUAGUCAUAACACCAUCCAUGCAUUUAUUUCUAGUUUAAUGGAUAUCUAGCAGUUACCCGCGGCUAGGAAAACAGAAGCAUAUUCUUUUUAAAUGACAUUCCAAACAAACCUAAGAUAAGUGAUCACUUUUUAUUAAACAGCUCCAACAAUUUCAGUAACUAGUAAUCGGGAGCAGUAUAAUAAGCGGCCACCAACAGAAUCGUAUGGUGAUUAUCGAAUGAUAUGGAAUCAUCGAUAUUCAAGACCAUCCAAAGGGCUGAAAGCAAAAUUUCGGACCAAAUAACGUAAUAGUAUGGUUUGGCUAGUUUUCAAUCUUAGAAAUUAAGGUAGGUAUACAUACUAAUAUAAUUUACUAAUUAAAGUAUAAUUAUAAUUACCUUACUUAUUUUUAAGGAUAAACUAGGCUUCUUGUGAAACAAAGGAGACACGUACGUCACUGUUAUUGCCGCCAUUAUUCAAUAACGAAACACAAGAUUUUUAUUUUGAAUUUUAUUCCAAACACGUUUGACUUAGAAUAAAUGUGGAAGGAUGAUGUCGAAUUGAAUUAAGUUUUAAGCUUUUUAUAUGUAUAAGAUAUGAAUCUGUUUUUUAAAUUGUAUAAAAUAACUAAACUGUACACUUGAGCCGCGUAGUAAUAACUAUUACUUUACAGGGUAGACAUGUUCGAGAGAAUUUGAAAAAUUCUCGAAUGGAUCACCACCAAUAAUUAUUAUAAUUUUUCGUCGAUGCGUAUAUUCUGCAAUAUGAUCGGUAAUGCACUCACUUCAGAGACUAGCUUUUAAAGAUUUCUUUGUUUAUAAAAUCAUUUGAGUUAAUAUUGUCGUAAUUCAUCUCCAUUGUGCUUGUAGUUGUCACAAGCCUUCUACAUAAACGAAUAACAACAGGCUGGCAAUGACAUCACUAGUAUAAAUAAAGAAAUCUGGAAAUGAUUAAUUAUAAAUAUCCAUAAGUAAAAUGUAUUCGAUAGUAUCGAUAUUUAAAAUCGAUAAUAAUCAUUUGAUUGUGUUGGUGGCCGCUUAUUAUACUGUAGCCCAAUUGACCGAUUUUAGGCUAGUUGGAUGGAGCCCCAAAGUCAAAGUCCUUAGCUUUUCAGUUAACGCACUUAUGAUGUAAUAAAUCGUUGAGCUCGAUUUAAUUUUGAAACGAAAGUAAACACGUUUUAGGUACUAGUUAUUAAAGUGUUCGUGUUAUUACAGUGAAAUUCUGUAUGGUUUUAUUUUAGGCUUUGCGCGUAUAUGAGCACUUCUGGUUCGAACGAAUUAUAAACUGUUAGUACUAAUUCAAAGUUAUUGGUUAAUCAUGGUACACAAAAAUGUUUAAUAGUUAUAAAUAAACACACACUUUUACAAUAGUAUGCAAUAAAUAAAAAAUCUUAAUAAAAUACACAAUAACAAGUCCGAGACUAUAAGAAAUAUAUUUCAUCACUCCUUACUGCUCUGGAUUAUAUUUAUAAAUGUAAAUAGUAAAUCAUGUAUAAUUAGUGUAUUUUCGUAACUAUUGAGAGUAGAUUGAGUAAUGUUCUCUUGCUUCUGAUAUUUUUGUAUCAUUGAUAGUAAGUUUUCACUACAUUUCAGAACGCUUGGAGCCAGAGUGCCCUUGAUUAGGUUAUAGUUGUGGCAAAUCGACGAUAGGCCUCUAAUAUUAGUAUGUAUAGAUCACGCCUUAGCUUUAGCAUAGCCUACUUGUCACCUGAUGUUAACCUACUUACGCAGAACAGAGAAUGCUGGCCUCAACAUUUAGUAAUGCUUGGUGAUGGCAACAAUUGAUUGUUCCCAUUGGUAUCAAAAUGUCUGUAAUUUAUUACUGUCCAUGUUCAUAUCAAUUAUAAAAUCUUUAUUUAAUUGUACUAAAUAGAAGUCUCCUAUCUCUGUAUUGUUUUUCUGAAUAAUACGUUAGUUCCAAAUGUAGUUGACUUUAGUUCAAUAUUUUUCAUUAAAAUGCUUAAGAAUAUUUACGUUAAUCAUAUUUA